AACGGCAGCUGGCCAAAUUCCAACGCGAGCGAGAGCCACCGCUUGAGGGAAAACUACACCUUCUUGGCGUACUACCAGCACUCCUCCCCCGUGGCCGCCAUGUUCAUCCUGGCCUACGUCUUCAUCUUCCUCAUGUGCAUGAUCGGCAACAUCCUGGUGUGCUUCAUCGUGGUGAAGAACCGCCAGAUGCGGACGGUCACCAACAUGUUCAUUCUCAACCUGGCCAUCAGCGACCUGCUGGUGGGCAUCUUCUGCAUGCCCACCACCUUAGUGGACAACCUCAUCACAGGUUGGCCCUUUGACAACGUCAUGUGCAAGAUGAGCGGCCUGGUGCAGGGGAUGUCCGUCUCGGCUUCUGUUUUCACCCUGGUGGCCAUCGCUGUGGAAAGGUUUCGCUGUAUCGUCCAUCCCUUCCGGCAGAAGCUGACGCUGAGGAAAGCCCUGGUCACCAUCGUCGUCAUCUGGGUCCUGGCCCUGAUCAUCAUGUGCCCCUCCGCCAUCACCCUGACGGUCACGAGGGAGGAGCACCACUUCAUGGUGGACACCUACAACAACUCCUACCCGCUCUACUCCUGCUGGGAGGCCUGGCCCGACACGGGCAUGAGGAAAAUCUACACCACCGUGCUUUUCUCCCACAUCUACUUGGCGCCCCUCGCCCUCAUCGUUGUCAUGUACGCCCGCAUCGCCUUCAAGCUGUUCAAGUCCGCGGCGCCCGCCGGCGGCUCCCAGGCGGAGGAGCCGGAGGGGCGCCGGGUCUCCAAGAGGAAGGCGAAGGUCAUCAACAUGCUGAUCAUCGUCGCGCUCUUCUUCACGCUCUCCUGGCUGCCCCUGUGGACGCUGAUGCUGCUGACGGACUACGGCCGCCUCAGCGAGCGCCAGCUCCGCCUGGUCGCCGUGUACGUCUUCCCCUUCGCCCACUGGCUGGCCUUCUUCAACAGCAGCGCCAACCCCAUCAUCUACGGCUACUUCAACGAGAACUUCCGCCGGGGCUUCCAGGAGGCCUUCAAGGCGCCCUGCUGCUCCCCGCGGCGCCGCCACCGCGGCGCCUACUCCGAGCGCAGCCACAGCCGCGGCCCCCUCUUCGGCGCCCGCAACCGCGUCUCCGCCGGGGCGCAGCCCAGCGACUCGGCGCCCCCCUCCGAGGCGGCGCCCCCCGCCCCGCCCCGCGGCCGCCUGCUGCGCCACGGGCUGCCGCCGCCGGGCGCCCGCGGCGGCACCGGCGUCCCCGCGUGGGGCCUGUGAGCGCGGCCCGGGCACCGCGCGGCGCCGCCACCGCGUCGCGCUUCGCCGGCGACCCCAAUAAACGGCUCCUCCCGCUGCUACCGCCUCCCUCCCUGCCGGCGACGGCGGGACGCGAACCCGCGGCGCCGCCGCGCCGGCCGCCUCCGCGCGC